UACCGCAUAGACGGGAUUUAAGAACUGUUUUUCGUGAAAUGGCGGGAACUUUACGACAAUGCUCAAACUUUCAGCUACGAUAAAAAUAUUCUUGUAAAAAAUCUCAAAUAUUUUUGCGUUUCCGAAAAGGGUUUUAUUAAUAUUUGUUAUACUUUUCAAGCUCAUAGCAGUGUUUUAAAAUGUAUAAAAUUUGUCUUGACAAAUCGACAUUUUUGAAAUAGGUGACAGUAUGAAACGGAGCAACGAGUCACGUUUUCGGCAUUCUCAACGAUAAGAUUUAAUUUAUUCUGAAUUUAGUAUUGACAAUGAAAAAAUUAAAGGAAGACAAUUAUUUUACUAUUAUGAGAUCAUAGACAGUUUCAAAUGCCGGAGCCGAAAGAUAUGUCAUAGACAAUGUACAACCUCCUUGGUGCGGCAAUAGCGUCGGCCUUACUACAAAUUUUACUGUCUUAUACAGCCGUCAGCGGCGUCAGCUGGGAGGAAUGGUGGACCUACGACGGUAUUUCAGGUCCGGCAUUCUGGGGUCUUAUAAACCCCGAGUGGUCGCUAUGCAACAAGGGACGCAGGCAGUCUCCGGUCAAUCUCGAACCGGAAAAACUGCUUUUCGAUCCCAAUCUUCGAUUUCUUCAUAUAGAUAAACAUAGAAUAAAUGGCCUGAUCAGCAACACGGGUCAUUCGGUAAUCUUCACGGUGGAGAACGAGACACGGCAUCACAUCAAUAUCACCGGCGGGCCUCUCUCUUACAAAUAUCAAUUUCACGAAAUUCACAUACACUAUGGACUACAUGAUCAGUUUGGUUCUGAGCAUGCUAUCAAUGGAUAUUCAUUUCCUGCUGAGAUUCAAAUAUUUGGUUUCAAUUCACAGCUCUAUUCGAAUUUCUCAGAAGCACUUCACAAAGCUCAAGGAAUUGUAUCAAUAUCUUUACUCUUACAGCUCGGUGAUUUAUCAAACCCAGAACUCAGAAUAUUAACUGAGGAAUUAGAAAAUAUCAAAUAUGGAGGGGCAGAAAUGCCAGUCAACCGUCUAUCAGUCCGAGGGUUGCUGCCCGACACGGACUAUUAUAUGACAUACGAUGGUUCUACAACUGCGCCCGCCUGCUAUGAAACGGUUACAUGGAUCAUUAUUAACAAACCAAUUUACAUCACGAAACAACAGCUGCAUGCCCUACGGCGAUUGAUGCAAGGGGACGCGAGACACCCAAAGGCCCCACUAGGAAACAACUUCAGACCUCCUCAACCGCUCCACCACAGGGCAGUAAGGACUAACAUUGACUUUGAUUUGAGCAAGUAUCCUGGUAAGACUUGUCCCAGCAUGCAUCGAGAUAUGCAUUAUAAAGCUAAAAGCUGGACACAGUAUUGAAGAAAUAUUCGUCUACUGUAGGCGUUCAUAUAUAGAAGUAAUAUGUGUAGACAUGUUAUAUGAAAAAAAUAAUUCCUAAGCCUUUGUAUAUACAUUUUGUACAGCCUUGUUAAACUAUAUCGCUUAUGAAAAGAGCUAAUUGUGUACUUUACGUAGGUAUUACAAUGUAUUAUAAAUUAUAGCGCUUAAGUAACAUUAUGAUAUAUUAGAUAAAUUAUUAUUAUUAUAGAAAUUUUAUAGGCUCGUGUGUAUUAUUGUUGAUUAUGAAAAAUUGUAACUUAGAACAGAUAUUUUCCGAUAGAUUAUUCAGACCAUGCCUCUCGCUGUCUAUCCACUGUACUUUAGUACCUUAUAGAAUUAGCAUAGUAAUAAAAUUUAACACAAUGUGAACGAGGUUUGUAUCUUUUAUUAAUAUAUAACUGAAAACGCUGGUAAUUGUAAUAUUUUUAUUUGAAAAAACACAUAUAUACAUGAGUUAUUUCUUAUUUAUUAAAAUAUAAUUGAUCUUAAUAAGUUAUUCCGUAGUUAGAUCUAUUAUAUUUAUAACAUAAUCAUAUGAAGUAAAUAAUCAAACCACAUAUACAUAUUUAAAUAUUGAAAUUAAGCCAUAUCAUUCUAAUUUGUAAAAUGUAAAUCAAUUUUAAACAUAAUAAAUUUAUAAAUUUAGUCUUGUAUAGUGCUGUAAAGCAUCUACAGCUUUAAAAAGUUAGAAUAUAUAAAUAUAUAUGUAUAAUAAAAUACAUUGGCAUGGCUACAAAAGAUGUAAUGACUUUGAAUUGG